GAGUGUUGGUUUUAUUCUGGCCCCUACCUCUCGGGUUUGGGUUUCUCCUUCAUCUCCAAAGGCCAAUUUCCCGUUUCCAAUCCAUCAAACCCUACUUGUCGAUCGUGAGUUUAGCGAUUUCCUUUGAGGGAUGAGCAGAGCAAGGCAUGAUCUUGAGCUUAGGCUUGGGUUGUCUUCCUUAUGGAAGGGAGGUGCACCGGCUUCUAAUUCUGUGAGGCGUUCCCCUGAGUUCAUAUUGAUUGAUGAUGAUGAUGACGAUGACGAUGAUGAUGAAGUGCAAAUAUAUCAUUCGGGUCCUAAUUUGGAGACAAGAAACUUCUUUCCUCACUCAGGAUCAUGGAUGCAUGUACUUACAGAAGCCGACUUAGGCCUUCGUCUUGGGAUUGGAGCACCUGUUGAGUAUUCUGGGAAUUCAAGCGGGAGGAAUAUGCCAAGAGAGAGAUCUGAAGAUCCCUAUGCUUGGAAAUGUGGCAAGGCGUCUGCUAGCCGGAUAAUUUCGGAUUUCUCUGAGGUAAAGUUGAAAUGUGUUAUAUGUAUGGAAGCCAUGAAAGAGGAGACAUCAACAAUGUGCGGGCACAUCUUUUGUAGGGUCUGCAUAACCAACGCCAUCCGAGCACAAAAGAAGUGCCCAACUUGCCGAGAGAAACUUACCAUUAGCAGCAUCCAUCGGAUAUACCUCCCGGGAGCAACUUCCUGACAGAGUUGAACACCGAAACAUACAACACCCGGUUUUGUUUCUUUAGUUUCUUGUAAUCCAUCUAGCUCAGAUUUUCGGUUGACAGAAAGCUCGUGGCGCAGACUAAGUUACCUGCCGAGAAUUAUGUUUCUCUAUUAUUUUUUUUUGUUUUUACCCUUAUGAUACAAAGUAAUCUGAAUGUAAUUUUCUUGUUUGAAGAACGUAUAACCUGGAUUGAAACUUGGGGUGAGAGAAAAGUAUGUGGCUUUGCAUAGCCUUUAUUCA